UUUGGCAGUUUGGCUCAGCAGUAGCAUAGCAGGAAGUCCUCUACUAAGGCACCUGCAGCCAUGGGGAAAAAGGGAAAGAAGAAAGCCUUGGAUCCCGAGGCAGCAGCCCGGCAAGCAGCUGCAGAAGCUGAAGAAAAGAAGCGGAUUGAAAUGAUCAAGGAAGCCAUGCGGCUGCGUUCCAAUUGUGAGCGAGAGGAGAAUCACUUUCAUCAGUUCCUAAUGGAACGCGAGAAGAUUAAUUACUUCUGGAUAGUGGAGAAGAAGACACUGACAGAGAAGCAGGCAGACCUCCGCAACAAGCAGCGAGAGCUGCAAGACUUGGAAGAAAGGCAACAAAUUGAGCUGAAAAUGUUUCAACAGCGGUUGAAGCACUUGAGAUACCAUCAACAAGAUGAGGUGGUUGAGCUCAAGACUGAUGCCGAGUUGGGCCUGAAGCUGCAAGAAGAUCACCAUCGAAUAACAGAGGCAGAGAUCAAGAAGGAUCAGCGAGCCCUGAAGAUGGAAAAAAAGGAAGCGGAAGUGGCCCAGCAGGAUUUUACUCGCAUGCUGAAGUUGGAGCAGGAUCAGAAGAUUCUUGAGCUUCGGCACGAGUUUGAUCGAAAGGCUCGAGACAUGCAGCAGAAGUAUGAAUUGAGAAUGAAAGAAAUCCGAGAUGAAAUGGAAAAGCAGCGAAGAAAGCAGAUUCAGCAGAUAGAGGAGUCGAAGAAUUCUCAGAUUGACCAGGUAAUGAAGAAGAACCAGCAGGACUUCACGGAGAUCAAGGUGUACUACCAAGAGAUCACCGUCUCCAACUUUGACUCCAUCAAGCGCCUAAAGGAGGACUAUGCCGAGAUCAAGAAGAAUGAGAAUGAUGAUGCAAAGAAAAUGUACGACUUGGAACAAAGAAACAAGCAAUUGAAAGAGCCAAUGAAAAAAGCGAAGCAGGAUGUAGAGCGGCUGGAGCAAGAGAAGGAAGCGUACAAAGAGGACAAAAAGAGAUUGGCGCAGGUGAAAGAAAAGAUCAAGCAGUCUGAAACGCUCCUAAAGCGAAUGGAGUUUCAACAUGAGGUGCUGCAGCAGCAAUUAGCACAUGUGACUGCUGAGAGAGAGGAUCUCUACACAAAGUUUCAGCAAGCCAUCUAUGAUGUUCAGCAACGAAGCGGGCUGAAGAAUUUGAUCCUCGAGAAGAAGAUCGAUACCGUCGAAGAGGCUUUGGAGACCACAGAGGCCCAGAUCACAGAAUUGCUGGCCUCUGCAAAUGUGGAUCCCACUACGUCCGCUGGCAUCACCCAGAAGCUGGACCAGGUGAUUGCCUACAAAGAUGACAUUGUCGGGCAGCUUCAGGAAGAAGUGCAGCGGAUCAAGGAUUCUCAUUCCACUAUGGUCAAGACAUAUGAGUCCAAGCUGGCGGAAUAUGGCAUUCCACCAGAGGAGCUUGGCUUUGUCCCGGCUGUCGGAUGAGAAGCGCCACUCAUGUCUUGAGCGUGUACAGAUUCUCAAGCUGCCGUCAUGGCUUUCGUCUCACACUGCUUUGCAUUCCCCGUCAUGUGUUGACAUGCUGGCAACCCUACCAAUCCUCCAUGUUGUGUGACAGUCCGACAGUGACUGCAAUACAGUUCAGGCUGAGGAAGAAGCUUUCCUGGCUGUUUCACUUCGCAUGACAGGUUUCACGUGAAAUAAAAGAGCAUAGACUGUUGCCUU